UUUGCUAAAUCAAUCACAUUCUGAGCUCGCAAUUACAAACAAAAGAAAAAAGGAGCCGCAGAAGCGUAUGAAAGAAAAACGUGAGCGCUGCUGGGUGGUGAGAGCGUGCGAGAGAGCGCGACCAUGAAGGAGAAAAUAAUAUCGUGGCAAAAGCAAGCGGCGGUGAAAAAUUCGAAUCAAAACCAAAACCAACGCCGCCCAACGCAAAACGCAAACGGUUGUGCACGCGUCGUUGUUGUCGUACAGAAAAGAGAGUCCAAUAAUUUGAUUCAUGCGGGCGCCAAAUUAAUACGGCAAAGUAACUAACAUACAAGCGAAAUUCUUAAAACGCAGUUCAAAAGCGCUUCUUAGGAGUGUGUGAGUUUGUCUUUCCCUCUGUCCAGAGCUGAGAACAAAAUCAUAGGGAAAUACCUCAUCAACAACAACAAAAAACAACAGCAACAACAACAACAACCGUCACAUCACGCGAAGGAAACGUGACGUCAUUUCUCUGUUGUUCCAUCCAUUCGUCGUGUGCCGUUAUACACAGAAGACAGGCUUUGCCAUCAACAUAAAAGCAACAACCAGAGAGAGAGAGCGAAAAAGUCACCCUUUGUGUGUGUGUGUGUGAGUGUGUGUGGUGUAACUUUGUGUGUUCGCACUCUUCGCCCAAUAACCCCGCCCACCUGCAGUUCUGGGCAGCCCCACCACUAAUCCCGAAGAUCGGACAAACAGAAAAACCAAGAGAAAGCACACGACGAGAUGUUCAUCGAAGAUGAUGCGCAAAUGGACAGCUUCUGGGUGCAGAGCGCAAUUGGGGCGAUCAAGGCGAUCGCGUUCGUGUACGACAUCAUAACCCUGCCGGUCUACUUGGUCCUGCAGAAGCCAUGGCAGCGACGACAGGACUCGCGCCGAGUCAAGGCCAAGCCCAUUAACCAGAAACAGAAAAUGUUGGUCGAUGAGUCCAAGUACGCGCCGGAUGACAUUGAGGCCAAGAUCAUCAAGAAAGAUGAAAGCGAGCUGACAUACCGGACCACGGACCCGCCACGCGAUGUGCACGUGAAGAUGCUGCAGGAGAACAUCGAUACGCUGGAGAAGGUCUUCAACUAUGUGGCCAAGACGCACUCGAACAAGCGCUGUCUGGGCACGCGCCAGAUCCUCAGCGAGGAGGACGAGGUGCAGCCGAACGGACGUGUCUUCAAGAAAUACAACAUGGGCGACUACAAGUGGAGGACCUUCACCGAGGCGGAGCGGCAGGCGGCCAACUUUGGCCGCGGCCUGCGAGAGCUGGGCCAGAAGCCGCGUGAGAACAUUGUCAUCUUCGCCGAGACCCGGGCCGAGUGGAUGGUGGCCGCCCAUGGCUGCUUCAAGCAAGCCAUGCCCAUUGUCACCGUCUACGCCACCCUGGGAGACGAUGGCGUGGCCCACUGCAUCAGCGAAACGGAAGUCACCACGGUCAUCACCUCGCACGACUUGCUGCCCAAGUUCAAGACCCUGCUGGCCCAGUGCCCCAAUGUGGACACCAUCAUCUACAUGGAGGACCAGCUGCACAAAACGGAAACCACUGGCUUCAAGGAGGGCGUCAAGGUCUUGCCGUUCAACCAGGUGGUCAAAAUAGGACAGGACAGCAAAUUCGAGAGCGUGCCACCCAAGGGCGAUGAUAUUGCCAUUAUUAUGUAUACAUCCGGAUCCACUGGCACACCCAAGGGUGUCCUGCUGUCGCACAAGAACUGCAUUGCCACGAUGAAGGGCUUCGUCGAUAUGGUGCCCAUCUAUCCGGAUGAUGUGCUGAUUGGCUUCCUGCCGCUGGCUCACGUCUUCGAACUGGUGGCGGAGAGUCUCUGCCUGAUGACUGGCGUUUCCAUUGGCUACUCGACGCCGCUGACCCUCAUCGAUACGAGCAGCAAGAUCAGGCGGGGCUGCAAGGGCGACGCCAGCGUCCUGAAGCCCACGUGCAUGACGUCGGUGCCACUGAUACUCGAUCGCAUCUCCAAGGGCAUCAACGACAAGGUCAACUCCGGAUCAGCCUUCAGGAAAGCCCUCUUCAAAUUCCUCUACCAGUACAAAGUCAAGUGGAUACAGCGAGGCUACAAGACGCCCCUCAUUGACAAAUUGGUCUUCAAGAAGGUGGCUAAACUGAUGGGCGGCAAGGUGCGCAUCAUUAUGUCGGGCGGAGCGCCGCUAUCGGCGGACACACACGAACAGAUCAAGACCUGCCUGUGCGUCGACUUGAUUCAGGGCUAUGGAUUGACAGAGACCACAUCGGGAGCCACAGUGAUGCACGAGAGAGACAUGACCUAUGGACGCACUGGUGGACCAUUGACCGUCUGCGACAUUCGUCUGGUCAAUUGGGAGGAGGGAAACUAUCGCGUCACCAACAAGCCAUAUCCGCAGGGCGAGGUGCUCAUUGGUGGCGACUGUGUCUCCCAGGGUUACUACAAGCUGCCCAGCAAGACCAACGAGGAUUUCUUCGAGGAGGAUGGCAAACGCUGGUUCAAAACCGGCGACAUUGGCGAGGUGCAAACCGAUGGCGUACUUAAGAUAAUUGAUCGCAAGAAGGAUCUGGUUAAGCUGCAGGCCGGCGAAUACGUUUCUCUUGGCAAGGUCGAAUCGGAGCUAAAGACAUGCGGCAUCGUGGAGAACAUCUGCGUUUAUGGCGAUCCCACAAAGCAGUUCACCGUGGCGCUGGUCGUGCCAAAUCAGAAACAUCUGGAGGAUCUGGCCGAGCGUCACGGCCUGCAGAACAAAACCUAUGAGGAGCUGUGCUCGUCGCCAGUCAUGGAGAAGGCCAUACUCAAGGAGAUUGCCGAUCAUUCACGGAAAUGCAAAUUGCAAAAGUUCGAGGUGCCCGCCGCCAUUACGCUGUGCAAGGAGGUCUGGUCACCGGACAUGGGCCUGGUGACGGCUGCCUUUAAGCUCAAGCGCAAGGACAUUCAGGAUAGAUAUCAACAUGAUAUUAACCGCAUGUAUGCCUCAUGAAAGUCAAUGUACUAAACACCAACCAGCCGCAACAGCAACAGCAACGACAACAACAACCAGCAUUACGAUAACUUGAGUUGAGGAGCAACGAGUUGCGACGAGACCCAGUGUGUACUGCCUGGCAGCCCAGUACCACUCCCACGCAGAGAGACACCAGCGACAUAACGAUAGGCACGCAUAACCAAAUCCGAAAACCAAAUUAGCUUAAGGACCAAAAGAGCUAAGAGCCAAACCAGACACGCGACACGAGACAAGCGCAUGUAUAGAGAGUUCUCGUUUAUAUGUAUAUCGAUUGUGUUUCCUUUGAUUUGCCAGAGUUCUUUUGUUGCGAAUUAUACUUGUUCUUAGCCCAUAAUAAAUUGAGUUCUUGGAAGCCGAUGAGGGGUUUGGUUUGGCAGCAAUGCUUUGUGUCUGUCGGUGCUCAGAAUGGAAUGCAAUGCUGUUGAACAGAUUGACAAUGAUAAAGAUAUGCAAUUUAUGAUGACCGAAUGCCUAUGAUAAUGAUAAUGAUUAUAUUGAUGAAUGAUAUGAAUGAGAAUGAGAAUAUUGUGUAAUGUACAGUUUUCGGUUUUUAGUACACUCUGUGGCAAAAACAAUUUGCAUAAACAAUACUUAUUUUUAUAGAAAAACAUUAAAGUAAGCUUAAGUGGUUGCCUAUUAAUUAUGUACAUACAAUAUAUAAACACACACACCCACACACACACGCAUACAAGUUUAUAUAUAACUUAUAUAUAUAGUGUACUUCUUUAUUAUAAGUUCGAUGUAUGGAAAUCCUGAAGUUAUGAAAUGUAGCAAAGCAAAAACCUAAGCGACUUGAUUAUGAAAUAUAAAAUAUAAAAUGCAAACAAAAAACGAUAUAAAAUAAUUAAGCACAUUUUCUUUGGCGCAACAAAAAAAAAAAAUGAAACAAAAGCAAAAGCAAAAGUGGAACCCUCCAUAAACUAUUUUUAGCACACACAAAUGGCAAAAAAGGUUACAAAACGGCAAAUGUAAUAUAUAUUUUAGCUCAAUUUAGUUCAAUGAAAAGGAAACGGGCCACAAAUGUAUUUUAUGGAAUCCAGUUUGUCAAACGCAAAAGCAAAAACUCAAAAUUCAAAUGCAACUAUUGAAAGACUUAGUACUAAAAAUAAAUAACAAAAGCAAAACUUAGAUGAAGAAUACACCCCAACAGGGCAAAAAAAAAAAGCCUAAACUAUAAAG